UGUCGCCGCUCUGCCUCCCAGGUUCCAGCGUUUGGUGGGAGGAACUUUGUUGUGAUCCAUUUACUUACUCUUCCUAACACUUUUUAUUUGUAUUUAUUUAUUUUUUAAAUAAUUUUAUAUAAGCAAUGUGGUUUACUUAUUUUCUCAGCUGGCUCUCCCUGGUGAUACAAAUCUUAUUUGUCACAUUAGCAAUUGCUGCUGGUCUCUACUACCUGGCAGAGUUAAUAGAAGAAUACACAGUAGCAACCAGCAGAAUCAUCAAGUACAUGAUAUGGUUCUCCACGGCGGUGCUGGUUGGGCUGUACCUGUUCGAGGGAUUCCCUGCAGUGAUGAUGAGCGUGGGGCUCUUCACAAACCUUGUCUACUUCGGGCUGCUGCAGAGCUUCCCCUAUAUCCUGCUCACCUCGCCCAACUUCAUCCUGUCCUGUGUACUGGUUGUUGUAAAUCACUACAUGGCAUUCCAGUUCUUUGCAGAGGAAUAUUAUCCUUUCUCUGAGGUCCUGGCGUACUUCACGAUCUGCCUGUGGGUAAUACCCUUCGCUUUCUUCGUGUCGCUGUCGGCCGGGGAGAACGUGCUUCCUUCCACAGUGCAGCACGGAGAUGAUGUGGUAUCAAACUACUUCACCAAAGGAAAGAGAGGCAAGCGCUCUGGAAUCCUGGUCAUAUUCUCAUUCCUCAAAGAGGCAGUGCUGCCCAGCAGGCAGAAAAUGUACUGAGAGCAUUGGAGAGGAUGGAACAGGGAAAACAUAGGUUUAAGAAACCAGGGGGGGAUAAAAAAAAAAAAAACACUGCUUAUUGCACAUCUGCGGUCUGUGGAAAGAAGAAUUUAGGGAAAGAAGGAAAAAAAGAGACGACCCUGGUUGUCGACUUUGGACUUGUUAUUUUUUUUAGAAAUCCUAUCAAUAUGAUUUGAGAAUGCAAAGACUGUACGGCAUGAGAGGGAAACAAAGAAAAGGAAGGGAUGAUGUGAGAGAGAAAGAGCGACCUGGAGAGGAGCCAGAGCACAGAGUAACGGGGCAGAUCCAAGUGGCUGUGUUCGUGCCUGCUCUCCAGAACGCUGUGCUUCUGUGAAUGAUUUGAGAUUAACUAUCAUUCUUUUUGUAUCGUAUGCCUGUUAUUGGCAGUCUGACUGGGGAUUUCUGCUUUAAUGAUGGAAAUGAAAAAAGGACGUAUUUGAUUUACCUGCUAGAUAAAACCUGGAAGGAAUAGAGAAGAUGCUGUUAGCAAAUAAAUAAAGAAAUAGUUUAAAAAAAAAAAAAAAAAA